AUGGCAUUUAAAUUCGUCGCACUUUUCGCUCUGGUGGCAACCUGUUCAGCAGGUGUCCUCAACAACCCCCACCAUCAAGCCUAUUCAGACGCCCCCUCAGUUUCAUACUCCAGCGUUUCAAGCCCAGUAGUCGGACAUGGCUCUCCAUCAUACUCAGCACCGUCACACUUAGCCUACUCAGUUGCAGCACCAUCUCACGUAACCUACUCGGCUCCAGCACCUUCUCACGUAGCCUACACGGCUCAAGCACCAUCUCACGUAACCUACUCGGCUCAAGCGCCAUCUCACGUAACCUACUCGGCUCAAUCGCCAUCUCACGUAUCUUACUCAGCUUCAGCACCAUCUCAAGUAAACUACGCUGCUCCCGCUUACAAGGUAGCUGCCCCAGUAGCUUACGCUGCUCCUGCCUACAAAAUUGCCGCUCCAGUAUCCUACGCUGCUCCUGCCUACAAAAUUGCAGCUCCUGUAGCCCACGCUGAGCCAUCGGCUCCAGCUCACUACGAAUUUUCUUACGGAGUUGAAGACCACCACACCGGUGAUAUCAAGAGCCAUCACGAAACCCGUGAAGGUGAUGUAACCAAAGGAAGCUACUCCCUCAUGGAAGCUGAUGGUUCUAAAAGGAUUGUAGAAUACACUGUAGAUGCUCACAGUGGUUUCAAUGCUGUCGUACACAAAGAACCAGCUCAAGGACACGUUAAAUCUGUAGCUCCUGUAGCUUACGCUAAAGUAGGUGCACCUGUAGCCUACGCUAAAGUAGGUGCGCCUGUAGCCUACGCUAAAGUAGCUGCGCCUGUAGCAUACGCUAAAGUAGCUGCUCCUUUUGCUUAUUCGGCUCCUGUUGUUGCUAAAGUACCCGCUUUGACUAAAGUAACUUACUCUAGCGCUCCUGAGGUGUCAUACUCUAGCGUAUCUGCACCUGUUGAAGCUGGUCACUACCAUUGA